AUGGGUCUGAUGCUUAAGAGCCCUGAGGGCACACCGGGAAAGUCCUGGCCUGCUAUCCUCAUCGGCUGCUUUGUCGCAUUUGGUGGAGUUCUUUACGGAUAUGAUACUGGAACCAUUAGCGGUAUCCAGGCUAUGCCGUAUUGGGAAAACCUGUUCUCUACCGGCUAUCGAGACAGCUCUGGUCAUUUGGACCUCACAUCCUCUCAGACGUCCACCAUCGUAUCUAUCCUUUCAGCUGGUACUUUCUUCGGCGCUCUUGGCGCUGCGCCGGUCGCCGACCGCAUUGGUCGACGGCUCAGUCUAAUUAGUUCUUGCGUUGUCUUCAUCUUUGGGGUUAUCUUGCAAGUCGCCGCGACGUCCAUUCCCUUAUUUGUUGCUGGUCGAUUUUUCGCUGGAUUUGGCGUUGGAUUGAUAUCUGCCAACAUUCCAUUGUACCAAUCUGAGACUGCGCCCCAGUGGAUUCGUGGUGCGAUCGUUGGUUCUUACCAAUUGUCAAUCACUAUUGGUCUCUUGCUGGCUUCGAUCGUUAAUAACGCAACGAAGGAUUUCAAUAACACCGGUUGCUAUCGAAUUCCCAUUGCGAUUCAAUUUGCAUGGGCUCUCAUCUUGAUAACCGGUAUGUUCAUACUUCCCGAAACACCUCGAUUCAUGGUCAAGAAGGGGGAUUAUACCGGUGCGGCCAAUUCACUUUCUCGACUCCGCCGCCUGUCACAGGAUGAUCCCGCUAUCCUUGAUGAGCUAGCUGAAAUCCGCGCCAACCACGAGUAUGAGUUGAGCCUCGGUAGGGCGACAUAUCUUGACUGUUUUAAGGGGAACAUGCUCAAGCGUCUCCUCACCGGAUGCCUCCUACAGGGAUUACAGCAGCUGACUGGCAUCAACUUCAUAUUCUACUACGGUACCCAAUUUUUCAAGAACUCUGGCUUCCAGAACUCCUUUGUCAUAAGCCUGAUCACAAACUGUGUCAAUACUGGUUCAACAUUCCCCGGUCUGUACGCCAUUGAGAAAUGGGGUCGUCGGCCAGUACUCCUGUGGGGUGCUGUGGGCAUGUGCGUGUCACAGUUCCUUGUCGCCAUUCUGGGUACCACAACCACUGGCCAGGAUGCACAGGGCAACAUCAUAGUGCACAAUCUUGAGGCGCAAAAAGCUGCCAUUGCCUUCAUCUGCUUCUAUAUCUUCUUCUUUGCUGCAUCUUGGGGUCCCGUUGCCUGGGUUGUCACCGGCGAGAUAUUCCCCCUCAAAGUCCGUGCCAAAUCGCUGUCUAUGACCACGGCCUCCAAUUGGCUUCUCAAUUGGGCUCUUUCUUACUCCACCCCAUAUCUGGUCAACUACGGUCCCGGAAACGCCAACCUUCAGUCCAAGAUCUUCUUCAUCUGGGGCGGCUGCUGCUUUAUUUGUAUUGUUUUUGUUUACUUCAUGAUCUACGAAACAAAGGGCCUCACUCUCGAGCAGGUUGACGAGCUAUAUGCGGAAGUCAGUGUUGCCAAGAACAGCGUUGGAUGGGCACCUACCAUCACCUUCAGAGAGAUGCAGCAGGGAAAAGGAACAGAGGUGGAGACAGUUGAGCAUGUUGCCAAUUCAUCUGCCUGA